AUGGACGCUCUACCCACGCCGCCGGCUACGGCCCCCAACUCGGGACCUUCCACUCCGGAUGCUCAAAAGCGUAUCGACUACCUCGCCGGGUACAAUCUUGAUGAAGACAUACUCGGCAAGAUUAAGGACGAUCUUGUAGACAUUGCACGUGCGGCUGGACAGAUGAUGAUCAACGCUGAUCUCACUGUCGAUGAGUCCGACACGAAGAAGAACUCCUCGGACCGUGUCACCUCCACGGAUAAGGCGGUCGAGAAGAUGGUGCAAGACCGUCUCAGGUCCACAUACCCGGCCUUCGGUUUCCUCGGCGAAGAGGGGUUCAAGACCGGCGACAAGCUCGAGGACAAGCCGACGUUCGUGUGCGAUCCCAUCGACGGGACGCUGAACUUCAUCCACGGCUUCCCGAACACCGCGGUGUCGUUGGCCCUCACAGUCGACAAGAAGCCCUUCGUGGGUGUCGUGUACAACCCUUUCCGCGGCGACUUGUUCACGGCCGUCAAGUGGCAGGGAGCUUUCCUGACCACCGCCACGGGUCUGACACGUCGUCUUCCUAUUUCACCCAUCCCGAAGCCUCUGCCCUCGCUGAACGAGGCACUCGUAGCCGUGGAAUGGGGAUCCCAGCGCUCCGGCCCCAACUGGGCGCUUCGCACGUCUAUGGCCCAGCAGCUCAUGACCGACAAGACGGCUGGCGGUGCGAUGGUGCACAGCAUCCGGUCCAACGGCUCUGCGGCGUUGGACUUCUGCUACGUUGCAGCUGGCCAGAUCGACAUGUUCUGGGAGGGCGGAUGCUGGGUGUGGGAUGUCUGCGCCGGGUGGAUCAUCCUGGAGGAGGCGGGUGGUAUGGUCGCGAGCGCGAAUCCUGGAGAUUGGGAGCCCACGCUGGAGGGUCGCCUGUAUCUCGCUGUCCGAGGGGCUAAGCGUGCUGAGCAGGAGGGUGUGGUCAAGCAGUUGUGGGACAUGAUGGGCGAGCGCAAGUUCAUCUACUGA